ACGUAUUUGCUCCCGGACUCUGACACCCAUGACACAACAAUUCGACAAGAAACAACAACAAAAAAACAACACAUCUCCCCCGCUUUGGGUCGGGAAACGACACAUGAGCCAAAAUGUCUCGACACAGAAACGUCCGAGGCUACAACUACGACGAAGAUUUUGAAGAUGAUGACAUGUAUGGACAAUCUGUAGAGGAUGACUACUGUAUAUCACCAGCAACAGCAAAUCAGUUCAUCUACUCUCGUCGAGAGAAACAAGUGCCGAAGGAAGAGACGCUUGAAGAGGAGGAAUACGAAGAAAAGGAUGCACCCAUGUCCCCGACCAUCAGCCAUAACCUUGACCCGCUUGAGCAAGCCAAGCUCUACUCAUGCCUGGACCACAUGAGGGCUGUGCUGAGUGACUCGAUGCCAGACUCCGUGUUGAACCAGGCAGCCAUAAGAUGUGGAUUCGAUGCACAGAGGGCGCUUGAUGCGGUUUUGUCCGAAGAACCCAUAAUGGCCCACAUCCCCAACACCACAGCUGACGUUCCGCCGGCUGUCCAGAAAUUGAGUGAGGAGAAAGCGCCUUUACCUCAAAGAAGCAAGCAGGCGGCCGUGAUUGAGAAAGCUAAAAGCAGAGGCAUCUCUCAAAAUAAACUGGACUGUGAAGUCGUACCCAAAGUGGCCCGUAUGACCGUCUCUGGGAAGAAGCAGACCAUGGGCUUUGAUGUCCCCAGCAGUGGGGAUAACAGCGUCAUCGCUGCCAUGGCACAACGAGGCAGCAGCCCCGAAAACUCUACGGUAACAUCCGCUGCCGGCGAGGCCACCCCCAAACGACCCGAGACGCCGUCUAGAGUGUCGAACGAGGACGAGCUCCCCAGUGUUCCCACUCCCGGACGCUCUGCCGGAAGGGCCCGGCAGGCGAUUGACAUAAAGGCUGAACUGGAAAAGAGACAAGGAGGCAAACCUCUUUUGAAUUUAGUGGUUAUAGGUCAUGUCGACGCAGGGAAGAGCACACUCAUGGGCCACCUGCUCUAUCUGCUGGGCAACGUCAACAAGCGCACCAUGCACAAGUACGAAACCGAGUCCAAGAAGGCGGGCAAGGCGUCGUUCGCCUAUGCCUGGGUGCUGGAUGAAACUGGCGAGGAGCGGGACAGAGGCGUGACAAUGGAUGUCGGCAUGACCAAGUUUGAGACGAAGUCAAAGGUGGUGACGCUGAUGGACGCCCCCGGACACAAAGACUUCAUCCCCAACAUGAUCACAGGAGCUGCCCAGGCGGAUGUGGCCGUGCUAGUGGUAGAUGCCAGCCGAGGAGAGUUCGAGGCAGGCUUCGAGGCUGGUGGCCAGACCAGGGAGCACGGCCUGUUGGUGCGCUCGCUCGGUGUCACUCAGCUGGCAGUGGCGGUCAACAAGAUGGACCAGGUUAAUUGGCAACAGGAACGCUUCCAGGAAAUCACGUCCAAACUCGGCCACUUUCUCAAGCAGGCAGGCUUCAAGGAGUCGGAUGUUUUCUACAUCCCCACCAGCGGCUUAUCGGGAGAGAACCUCAGCGCCAGAAGUUUGGUUUCCGAGCUCACAACUUGGUACUCUGGUCUCAGCCUGCUGGAACAGAUUGAUGCCUUCAGGCCUCCUCAACGCUCUGUGGACAAACCUUUUCGACUGUGCGUGUCUGACGUCUUUAAAGACCAGGGCUCGGGCUUCUGCAUCACAGGCAAGAUUGAGGCUGGUUAUAUUCAGACCGGAGAGAAACUGCUGGCCAUGCCCCCCAAUGAGACUUGUCUAGUCAAAGGAAUCACUCUGCACGAUGCCCCUUUGGACUGGGCGGCAGCCGGAGACCAUGUCAGCUUGACGGUAACUGGCAUGGACAUCAUCAAGAUCAAUGUGGGGUGUGUGUUCUGCAAUCCCAAAGAGCCCAUCAGAGUUUGCACCCGAUUCAGAGCACGACUAUUACUCUUCAAUUUUGAGGUUCCCAUCACAAAAGGAUUCCCAGUAUUGUUGCAUUACGGUACAGUGAGCGAGCCAGCCACAAUUACUAAACUUCUAAGUCUUUUGCACAAGAGCACCGGCGAGGUCCUCAAGAAGAAACCAAAGUGUUUGGGCAAAGGCAUGAACGCCAUCGUGGAGAUUCAGACGCAGAGGCCUGUCGCGUUGGAACUGUACAAAGACUUCAAGGAGCUGGGUCGCUUCAUGCUGCGCUAUGUGGGCUCCACCAUCGCUGCAGGCGUUGUCACAGAAAUCAAAGAAUGAAGGCCGCUUCCAAUCCGCGCCAUCCUUGGAGACCACACGUGAGCGUGACAUCUCUCCCUCCAUCCCUGCGUCCUCCCCCGACCGGCCUGAUCAACUCAUUAACAAAUCACACGGUUGCAGGCCUGAACAAGUUCGCGGCGCACACUACUGUAAAGCAGCAAUGACCAGUUUCCACCGAAAAGACUUGUUGUCCAUGCUUUAGUCAGACAUGCAGUGGUUAAUGACACUGUAUUUUCCUCUGAUUGGUGGUUUGUUAAAAUACUGAAUUGUAACAAAUUUAACCAGUGCAGGUUGUGCAGCUGUGCUGGUGAAGUCCCAGCAGAACAAACCAACACCGUGGCUUAUUUAUAUUGUUUUGGGACUGAAAUGACAAACUUUUGAAUUUGAGUCAGCAGGCUUGACACAAGCUGAUUAUGGGAGGAAAUGUUUGUUCGUGUUGUAUAACACGCGUUGUGUUGCAUCUGGAGUAAUGCGGAUCCACAGACUUUUAAAGAAUGAUGGGAUGAAGAUAAAAAAAAAAUGCUCACCAAAUCGG